GCCCCUGGCGGCCAAAAUGAGGCGCAGGAACGUGGGGGAGGAGUCGCGCUGAUGUCAGGGCCUGACUGCCGCAUGGAUGGGACACUGGGAAACGAGCGGGCGCAGCUGCCACGGCCUGGCGUGGGCGUGGGGGUGGUGAUCACCAGCGCCGCACACCCCAACUGCGUCCUGCUGGGCAAGCGCAAGGGGCCCCUCGGCGGCGGCACCUACCAGCUGCCCGGAGGCCACCUGGAGUUCGGAGAAAGCCUUGGCGCAUGCGCGGAGCGGGAGGCGCUGGAGGAAGCGGCGCUGCCCUUGUGUAACGUGCGCUUCGCAUCAGCUGUAAACGUGGUGUGUGAGGCGGAGCGCUACCACUACGUCACCGUACUUAUGAAGGGCGAGGUGGAGGCGGGCUACGAGCCGCGCAACUUGGAGCCCGACAAGAACGAGGGUUGGGAGUGGGUCCCAUGGGACAAAUUCCCUCAGGCUGAACAGCUGUUCUGGGCCUUGCGCUGCUUGAGAGAGCAAGGGUACGACCCCUUCACGGAAGAGCUUCAUCACCUCAGGGGAUACACUGGAAGACACCAGGAGAUGGCCUAGGAACAUCUGAUAAAGACCUCGCUUCAGGGAGACUGUCUACGUAUGUGAUAUCUACAGAGAUGUAUUUCACGGCCCUGCUCUUCUCCGUAUUCCCCUGUUGCGAAAGCUAAAACGAUGCCAAACAUAGGAAUCCUAGACAAGUCGACCUCUGGUGGUACCUUUGGUAGCUGGGUGGCUGCAUGAUGCUUCUACAAGGACCAUGCAUCAAGUCAUGGCGAUGGCUGUAUCUGCAAAAUAGAAUAGCCACCUGUGAGAACAUGAUGGCUACAGUUGUGUAUACCUAAGCCAGUUGUAUGAGUAUGACAGAGUGAAGAUGGGGAAAGGUCCUAAGUGAAGUUGGAAACAAAAAGGAAAAAAAUACUGCAGAAGCACAAACAGGACCGUGUGGUGUGAACCAAUUUUAAUGAUUUUUUUUAUUGAUCCUGCAUUAAGCAGAGACCUUAAUUUUAAAGUGGAUAGACUGGAGUGCCAAUGAGAAAACAAGGAUAUGGGGGCUGCAUUUAUGUUCUUUUUUUUUUUUGCCAAGUUUCACUCUACCAAAUAAAUGAUUUCUUAUAUACCUA